AUGGACGCGACGCGCGCUGCCAGCCCACGGAUGUCAUCUUCGAUGACGAACGAGGCUGAGUACCCGGAAUUCUUCGUCCGGCCCUCGAUGGCGCGGUUUUCGAUGAAAAGUCCACUUGAUUACAAGGACGAGUCGUUAGAUUACAUGUUAGCACGUAUUUACUCAUCAGAGGUGGGAGGAAAGGCCUUUUCUCCGAUAAACGUGUCCACUAAUAAGUACCAAGUAAUUGACCUGCCGCCUGACAUUAACUCGACAAGGUAUCAUCAAUUCCGUCUUGGAAAGUCAGUGAAUGGGGUACAUUUUGCGGUGGCUGGUUAUCAGGAGGGACUCCAAGUUUGGUUCCUGGAUGAGUCUGGUAGCAAGACGGAGUGGGUACUGAAGCAUGUCACCAGGUACCCAUUCAGUCAUUAUCAUACUGAUAGGCCCUGGAUUUUACAACAUGGUUCCUACGGCUACGAUGAUGAUCAAGAAGAAAACAACAAAGAACCAACAGCAGCGGAAAAUGAUUCUGAUUGGGACUCUGAUGAUGCUGAUAAUGCUGCUGAUAUUGAUCUUGACUCCUGCCCGUAUAUUGAAGUACUUGGAUUCCAUGCUUACAGAGAUAUUGUCUUCUUGGUUUUGUCGAGGAAAGUCGUGGCGUAUUAUUUUAAUAGCUCAAAGAUUCAACAUUUGGGAGAGCUGCUCAUCAGAUAUUGUUAUCAAGACAUACGGGAGGGUUUCGUAUACACACCUACUUGGAUUGGAGAGUUGCCUGGAGCCAAUUAUCUAGUAAGAUCAAGAAACUCGUAUGGUAUAGAGGAAGAGGACUUGCUGCAUAGUAUAGAGGAUUAG